AUGGUGCAUGCGCGGGCUCAGAGUGAGGAUUUUAUUAAUGAGGUGAUUAUUCUUUCCCAAAUCAAGCAUAGAAAUGUGGUCAGGCUCUUAGGUUGUUGUUUAGAGACACGUGCACCGUUACUGGUUUACGAGUUCAUUGCCGAGGGCACUCUUUCUGAGCACAUCCAUAACAAAAGCACCCUAAUUAACAUCAUCACUUUCAUGGGAGCUGAGAUUGAAUAUAGCGGUAGAAACAGCAGCGGAGCACUGGCAUAUUUACACGACCAUCUGAUCUCGUGCAAAUUAUCCACUGCUCUCGUGCAAAUUAUCCACCGAGAUGUGAAAGCAACAAAUAUACUACUAGAUGAAAAUUACACUGCAAAAAUGUCUGACUUUGGGGCUUCAAGAUUGAUUCCUCUAGAUCAAACUCAGCUAACAACGUUAGUGCAAGGAACACUCGGAUACUUAGACCCCGAAUACUUCCUCAUGAAUCAAUUAACAGAAAAGAGUGAUGCCCGAAGAAGAGAGAAACUUAGCAAGCUUCUUGUUUGUUCAAUGGAGGAAGAUCGCUUGAAGGAAAUUCUUGAUGAUGACAUCGUUAACGAGAGUGACAUUGAGACGCUAAGAAACUUGGCAGAACUCGCAAGAAGAUGUGUAAGGUUGAAAGGGGAGGAGAGGCCUAGCAUGAAAGAAGUGGCAAUGGAGCUCGAGGGAAUGAGAGUUACAGCAAACCAUCCAUGGGGAAAAGCUCAAGUUUCAAGUCCAGAAGAGACUGAGUACUUGCUUGGGUCAGCUAUGAAUUCAGAGGCUUAUUUUGUGGAUAUCCAAUUGGCCAUGCCUGAUGAUGAUGGGCGAUAA